AUGAAAUCGCGUAAAAAUAUUCAAAAUCUAUCGGACAUUGAACUUGACUCACUCCAACGAUCUGAUUUAACACCAUAUGAGAAUGAUGAAUCUUUACCAUAUGUCCCACCGACAUUAUUACUACAACAGGAUGAAAAUGAUAAAAUUGAAGAGUCUCCACUAAUCAAAAUUGCUAAAACAAAGAAUCGAAAAGAUUGGGCAAAAAUCGUUGCACCCAUUGGAGAAAAUCAUAUUAAAAAAACAUCUGAGACAGUCAGUCAAAAAUGGGACAAAUUUCGAGCAUGUAUACCAUCACCAAUUGGCUUUCUUUUGAAUCUCAUUGAAUAUAAACAUGGUUACACAAUUCGUUCCUAUUAUCAAUUUAUUGUUUGGCUAUUCUAUUUGAAUCUAUUUACAUUUCUGUUGUGUUUAAUAUUCAUUAUUCUACCUACAUAUGCCUAUCGUCAUUCUGAGAAUUAUAUAAAUUAUGCAGCCAAAAAAUAUAAUCCUCCAGCGAAUGAAUAUUUUCUAAAUUAUUCACAAGCACUCAGUGUUCAAUGUGAUAUUAGCAAUAGUUCAUGUAGCGAUUGUUGUAAAAGUGUACCGAAUAAUGAGAAAUCAGACCAAUGUUUAGAUCAUCCAGUUUCGGCUAGUAUAUGUUGUUCAUAUGCAACGGAGCAAUCAUUUGCAAAUUCAAGUAUCGACGCACAGAGAGAUACAUGGAAAUCUAUUCUUGAUUUUAUCGAUGGAACCAUAUCAUCUGAACGUGAGGAUAAAAACCGAUUUAAAUUUGAUGCAAUCAAACAUCGUAUAGUAUUUCAAUUAAAACGCAUUGGUAUAUGGUUAUUAACUCUGAUUAUAUUUGCCGGAGCAAUAACAUCCGUUUAUUUUGCAAAUGAAUUUACAUUUCGAGAAAAAUCAAGAAAAGAAUCGGGAAAUAAGAAUGGAGAUCGUUGGCGUGAAUUAGCCGUGGAAUAUUUACCUUCAACAUUGAUCACAUUAAUCAAUUUAGUAUCGCGAAUGAUUUUUGCUUACAUGAGAGAUCUCAGAUUGUAUACAAAAACAACAGAAAUUCAACAUUAUCUUCUAAGAGUGAUUUUUAUGCGACUACUACUUUUAACUGCUUUCAUCUUUAUUGUUAUCCUGCAAAUUACAUGCAAUUCAAAUACGUGUGCAUUACAAUCAAAACUAAUCGAUUGUCGGAGUAUUACAGAAUCAUUUACGCAUUGUUGGGAGACUCAAAUUGGUCAAAUAUUCUAUCGUUUAGUUAUCAUGGAUACGUUUGUGAUGUUAGUGAUACACUUGAUCGUUGAUCCUCUUCGACAUUUAUUGACUUGUUGUUGUAUGAAAUCGAAGGUUGAAAAUACUGAGACAGACUUAGAACAAAAGUCAAGCAUUUUUGAUAAACAAAAAUUUGAAGUCGAAGAUAAUGUAUUAGAUUUAACAUAUACUCAAACAUUAUGCUGGCAUGGUCUAUUAUUUUGUCCAUAUUUACCAUUGAUAUCAGCAUUAAAAAAUAUCAUUAUAUUCAGCGUUAAAAUGUUGAAUUUAUAUUUAUUUCGUGAUCCUCCAGAACUCGAAUUGAGUGCAGCAAGAGCUAAAUAUGUUUUUACUUCUGUUUUAUUGUUCACAUUUAUGUGGGCCAUGUUACCAAUAACUUUCUUAACAACAUCUUUACGUACAUCUCGAGGAUGUGGUCCAUUUCGUUUGUAUACUAAUGGUGAUGAUCAUUUUAUCUACUAUUCAUUACGUAAUGGUCUUUCAUAUUUAAAAAAUAAAGUUUUAAUCGAUAUUAUUCUUAAAAUAUCAUCAGCAGUUGUUGUUGUACCAAUUAUUCUAUUUUUUGUAUUAUAUUCAUGUGUUGUCAUCAUUCGACGUAAUAGUUAUCGAGCAGCAUCAUUAGAAUUAUAUAAAAUUAUAUCUACGUCUCAUAAGACACAUCACUUGGCAUUCAAUAUUAAACCUCAAAAAUCACAACUUUAA